CUUUUGCCUGAGGAAGACGUCUGUCCACGUUGCCUCAGGUAGUAAAACAUUCAUUCGUCACCAAGAAAGGUCUUUCCCUCAUGGUCUACUUAUUGAAUGUGUUUUUGUUUUAUCUUUCAAAGGUGUCCAAGACCUCCAUCAAACCUUGUGACCUGCUCAUAGCAAAGAUGAGCUGGAGCUCUGGUACGCAGUGCGUUGCCAAGGGAGACCACAGGAAGCCCAAACCGGGGGAGUUGGCGUACCACAAAGGAGACAUCCUCACCAUUGUUGACACGAGUAUAAUUAGUAAGGGAUGCUACAAAGCCAGACACAACUCCACCGGAGACGAGGGCAUCAUAAACUGCGCCAACGUGCGUGAAAGAGGAGCUCUGCGCGUGGAUCCGAGCCUCAGCCUCAUGCCAUGGUUUCACGGGAAGAUCUCGGGCCCCCAUGCCGUCUGCCAGCUGCAGCCGGCGCAGGACGGCCUGUUCCUGGUGCGGGAGUCCAUCCGGCACCCCGGCGACUACGUGCUGUGUGUGAGCGUGUGCGGAGAGGUCAUCCACUACCGAGUGUUGCAUCAGGACAACACGCUGACCAUCGACAGCAAGCAGCACUUUUGCAAUCUCAUUGACAUGAUAGAGUUCUACUCUCACAACAAGGGCUCCCUUGCCCAAACGCUCCUCAAACCAAAACCAAAACACGGAGCCAAGUCGGCUGAGAUAGAGCUGUCCAAAGCUGGAUGGUUGCUGGACAUCACUAAACUCACACUGGGCAGCAACAUUGGAGAAGGGGAGUUUGGUGCUGUGUUUGAAGGCGACUAUUUGGGCCAGAAGGUGGCAGUCAAGACCAUUAAGUUUGACGUGACUGCACAGGCCUUCCUGCAAGAGACCGCCGUGAUGACGAAAUUACGCCACAAAAACCUGGUGGGCUUGCUGGGUGUCAUCUUGCACAAAGGCCUUCUCAUCAUCACAGAGCUCAUGAUGAAGGGAAACCUGGCCAACUUUCUUCGGACGAGAGGCCGUUCGAUCAUCAGCUCCGUGCAGCUGCUUGGCUUUGCACUUGAUGUGUGUGAGGGAAUGGAGUUCCUGGAGUCCAAGAAGCUGGUGCACAGAGACUUAGCCGCUCGCAAUAUCCUGGUCUCUGAUGACACGGUGGCCAAGGUCAGCGACUUUGGCCUAACCCGGGCUGCUUCCAAGGUGUCCGAUAACCAACGGGCCAAACUGCCUGUCAAAUGGAGCGCCCCUGAAGCUCUGGGGAAGGAGAAAUUCUCCACAAAGUCUGAUGUUUGGAGUUAUGGUGUUCUUCUGUGGGAAAUCUUCUCCUACGGUCGUCAACCAUACCCAAAGAUGUCUCUCAAGGAGGUGAAAGAGCGAGUGGAGGGAGGCUACCGCAUGGAGGCCCCGGGCGACUGCCCCCCCGCUGUUUACGCCCUUAUGACGGCUUGCUGGGACCAGGACCCUCGCAAAAGACCUGCUUUUCACAAACUGAGGGAGAAAGUGGAACAGCAGAUGCAUAAACACAGCCCGGGUUCUGGGUGCUGAUGGUGUCAGGCGUCCUCCAUAACAACUCCAGUAAUCAUCUUCUAUUGGUAGAUAUGUUCCUUGACUGGAGGAAGAAAUAUUUAUUAUUGUGUGUACUUACUAUAAAUGUAUGUUUUUUUAAUUGGCACUAUUUAUCUACAGUAUAUACUCUAUCUAUGCUUUUAAUAUUUUACAAACCAUUUUAUCUACUGUAUUUAUUAUUCUAUUGAUUGUCUUCAUGUCUGUCUUCUACCAUCCGUUGUACCGUGUUAGCGUUUAGUUGUCUUAUCGUGACAGCAUUCUGUCGUUUUAGGAGCUAAACUUUGUAGCAUUCUAUUGUUUUAGUAGCAAACCUUUUAGCUUUCUAUCGUUUUAGUAGCAAACCUUUUUAGUGUUCUAUCGUUUUAGUUGCUGACCUUUUUAGCAUUCUAUCGUUUUAGUAGCUAACCUUGUUAGUGUUCUAUUGUUUGAACAAUCAUUGCCUCAACUUAGCAUUCUGUUAGCAUUGUAUCACUUUUGCAUAUUUCAUUGUUAGCAUUGUAUCGAUUCAAAUUUUGCGUUCAAGCAUCAUACUGUUAGCAUUCUUCUUGCUGUGGCAUCACAUGACAGGAAAAACUGAAACAGUGCAGCGUUCUAUCGUUUGAGCUGUCAUUCCCUCAACCUAGCGUUCUGUUAUUUUAGCGUUGUAGCACUUUUGCAUAUUCCAUUUUUAGCAUUCUAUUGUUUGAGCUGUCAUGCUUUCGAUUUAGUGUUCAAUUAUUUUAGCAUAUUCCAUCUUUAGCAUUCUACUGUUUGAGCUAUCAACUUUGCAUUCUGUAAUUUGAGCAUUUGACCUUUUUAGAGUUCUAUGGUCUGAUCAGUCAUUCUAUCAAUUGAAAUUUAGCGCCGUUUUAGCGUUUAAGCAUUUUAUGUUUAUACUGUUAGCAUUUUUCUCUCGUCAGAUGACCCCUGACAGGAAAAAGUGCAGCAUUGUAUCAUUUGAGCUAUCAUUCCCUCAACUUAGCCUUCUAUUAUUUUAACACUGUAACACUUGAAGCAGAUUCCAUUUUUAGCAUUGUAUUGAUUUAGAAUCAGCGCUAUGUGGUUUGAGCGUUCUGUCGUUGGAUUUGUCAUUCUCUCGAAUUAAAUGUAGUGUUUAAGCAUGUUAGCCUUCUGUGACUAUUAUGCUCAUCAUUUGCGCUAUCAGCUUGUCAUUGCAGCAUUUUAUUGUGAAUGUGAUGCGUUGGUAUUUGGGUUAUGCCAAAGAAAUCUGGUCGGGAAUGAAAUAUUGGAAGUGAAGUUGUAAUGAAAGGUUACAUCAUACUGUAUGUGUAUUUGCUGCAGCUCCACAAUGAAUUUCACUUGAAGGGUGAGCAGACAAUGAGGCGUCUUUUCCUGGAUUGUUGUCACAUCGGAUGAGCUUUCAAUCCGUGUAAGCUCGGUAUUUGUCUCCGUCCCGCGAGACACAAACCCAAAUUGAGGCUUGAUCCUUCGUGUGUCCUUCUGGCUGGUCCAUAGCAUUUAUUUCUUCAAUCUGUUCUUCGCCUCAAGCUCCGUAAUGGGAUGAGCAGCAAUUUCGCCUGCAAGGAUUUACAGCAAUGUCCAAAAUUCUAAUAAACCUUUGAUGGGAGGUUUGCGUGAAGGAUUGCUGGGUGCUGCUAACUGGGGUGUGCUUUUUGCCAUCCCCGUGGCCAUAUGUUAACGUUGGCUCUAAAGCCUCCUAAGGUGGCCUUUCUGCUUUAGUUUGACAGACAACAAGCUGUCUUUUAAUCAGCAUUAAGUCAAGCAUGCUAAUGCGAUAUUUUACUUUUUCCCCCCAUCCCAAACAUGUCUCUCUUCUUCACUUCUUCCACCGGAAGGACGUGAUGCUUGCUACCAGCUGGGUUAUUCAAA